CAACAGAUAUUUUGUGAGUGCCUACUCUGUGCUAGCCCGUGUUAGGCACUGGGGACACAGGUGGAAAAGUCCACAUUGUUCUCUGCUCUCCUGGUGCUCAUCACUCCGAAGAGUUAUGUCAUGCCCAGACCAGCAGAGGGCUCCAUGAGGAUUUAUGGAAGAUGCCCCGCGUCUCGGCGCCUUUGGCGCUGCUUCCUGCGUGGCUCGUGAUGGUCGCCUGCAGCCCGCACUCCCUGAGGAUCGCUGCUAUCCUGGAUGACCCCAUGGAGUGCAGCAGAGGGGAGCGGCUCUCCAUCACCUUGGCCAAGAACCGCAUCAACCGCGCUCCUGAGAGGCUGGGCAAGGCCAAGGUCGAAGUGGACAUCUUUGAGCUUCUCAGAGACAGCGAGUACGAGACUGCAGAAACCAUGUGUCAGAUCCUCCCCAAGGGGGUGGUCGCUGUCCUGGGACCAUCGUCCAGUCCAGCCUCCAGCUCCAUCAUCAGCAACAUCUGUGGGGAGAAGGAGGUCCCUCAUUUCAAAGUGGCCCCCGAGGAGUUUGUCAAGUUCCAGUUCCAGAGAUUCACAACCCUGAACCUCCACCCCAGCAACACCGACAUCAGCGUGGCUGUGGCUGGGGUCCUGAACUUCUUCAACUGCACCACCGCCUGCCUCAUCUGUGCCAAAGCAGAAUGCCUUUUAAACCUAGAGAAGCUGCUCCGGCAAUUCCUUAUCUCCAAGGACACACUCUCGGUCCGGAUGCUGGAUGACACCCGGGACCCCACCCCACUCCUCAAGGAAAUCCGAGACGACAAGACAGCCACCAUCAUCAUCCACGCCAACGCCUCCAUGUCCCACACCAUCCUCCUGAAGGCGGCUGAACUUGGGAUGGUGUCAGCCUAUUACACAUACAUCUUCACUAAUCUGGAGUUCUCGCUCCAGAGAAUGGACAGCCUCAUGGACGAUCGUGUCAACAUCCUUGGAUUUUCCAUUUUCAACCAAUCCCAUGCUUUCUUUCAAGAGUUUGCCCAGAGCCUCAACCAGUCUUGGCAGGAGAACUGCGACCAUGUCCCCUUCACCGGGCCUGCGCUCUCCUCUGCCCUGCUGUUUGAUGCUGUCUAUGCCGUGGUGACCGCCGUGCAGGAGCUGAACCGGAGUCAGGAGAUCGGUGUGAAGCCCCUGUCCUGCGGCUCUGCCCAGAUCUGGCAGCAUGGCACCAGCCUCAUGAACUACCUGCGCAUGGUAGAAUUGGAAGGUCUCACCGGCCACAUCGAAUUCAACAGCAAAGGACAGAGGUCCAACUAUGCCUUGAAAAUCUUACAGUUCACGAGGAAUGGUUUCCGGCAGAUCGGCCAGUGGCACGUGGCAGAGGGCCUCAGCAUGGACAGCCGCCUGUACGCCUCCAACAUCUCCGACAGCCUCUUCAACACCACUCUGGUCGUCACUACCAUCCUGGAAAACCCGUAUUUAAUGCUGAAGGGGAACCACCAGGAGAUGGAAGGCAACGACCGCUACGAGGGCUUCUGUGUGGACAUGCUCAAGGAGCUGGCAGAGAUCCUGAGAUUCAACUACAAGAUCCGCCUGGUCGGGGACGGCGUGUAUGGCGUUCCUGAGGCCAACGGCACCUGGACGGGAAUGGUCGGGGAGCUGAUUGCUAGGAAAGCAGAUCUGGCUGUGGCAGGCCUCACUAUCACGGCUGAACGGGAGAAGGUGAUUGAUUUCUCUAAGCCAUUCAUGACUCUGGGAAUUAGCAUUCUUUACCGCGUUCAUAUGGGACGCAAACCCGGAUAUUUCUCCUUCCUGGACCCAUUUUCUCCUGGCGUCUGGCUCUUCAUGCUUCUAGCCUAUCUGGCUGUCAGCUGUGUCCUCUUCCUUGUGGCUCGGUUGACACCCUACGAGUGGUACAGCCCACACCCGUGUGCACAGGGCCGGUGCAACCUCCUGGUGAACCAGUACUCCCUGGGCAACAGCCUGUGGUUUCCUGUCGGGGGCUUCAUGCAGCAGGGCUCCACCAUCGCCCCUCGUGCCCUGUCCACACGCUGUGUCAGUGGCGUCUGGUGGGCUUUCACGCUGAUCAUCAUCUCAUCCUACACGGCCAACCUGGCAGCAUUCCUGACUGUGCAGCGCAUGGAUGUGCCCAUUGAGUCAGUGGAUGACCUGGCUGACCAGACCGCCAUCGAGUAUGGCACAAUCCACGGAGGCUCCAGCAUGACCUUCUUCCAAAAUUCCCGCUACCAGACCUACCAACGCAUGUGGAAUUACAUGUACUCCAAGCAACCGAGUGUGUUUGUGAAGAGCACGGAGGAGGGGAUCGCCAGGGUGUUGAACUCCAACUACGCCUUCCUCCUGGAGUCCACCAUGAACGAGUACUACCGGCAGCGCAACUGCAACCUCACUCAGAUUGGGGGCCUGCUGGACACCAAGGGCUAUGGGAUUGGCAUGCCAGUCGGCUCGGUUUUCCGGGACGAGUUUGACCUGGCCAUUCUCCAGCUGCAGGAGAACAACCGCCUGGAGAUCCUGAAGCGUAAAUGGUGGGAAGGGGGGAAGUGCCCCAAGGAGGAAGAUCACAGAGCUAAAGGCCUGGGAAUGGAGAAUAUUGGUGGAAUCUUUGUGGUUCUUAUUUGUGGCUUAAUCGUGGCCAUUUUUAUGGCUAUGUUGGAGUUUUUGUGGACUCUCAGACACUCAGAAGCAACUGAGGUGUCCGUCUGCCAGGAGAUGGUUUCCGAGCUGCGCAGCAUCGUCCUGUGUCAGGACAGUAUCCACCCCCGCCGGCGGCGCUCGGGGGUCCCUCAGCCCCGGCCCCCGGGCCCCGAGGAGCGUCGGCCGCGGGGCACCGCGACGCUCAGCAACGGCAAGCUGUGCGGGGCGGGCGAGCCGGACCAGCUGGCGCAGAGACUGGCGCAGGAGGCCGCGCUGGUGGCCCGCGGCUGCACGCACAUCCGCGUCUGCCCCGAGUGCCGCCGCUUCCAAGGCCUGCGGGCGCGGCCGUCGCCUGCCCGCAGCGACGAGAGCCUGGAGUGGGACAAGACCACCAACAGCAGCGAGCCUGAGUAGCGGGCGGCCAACGUGCGGAGGGAGGCAGGUGGGGAGGCGCGCGCCGCCGGGCCGGACUUGUACAGCGUCACCACUUCUCUCCGGAUUCUGGAUCCAGUCACUUUCCAAAAUGAUCAAAGAGCCUGACGCCUCAGCCAGAGACAGCGCCCGGUCCGGAGCGGGGUCCACCCAGAGACGUUGCACCCAAGUGGCAAAGGAUGCUUUCCCCCCCCCUCGUGGGCGUAAGGACCCAUCUUCUCCUAGGGGGCUUUUUCCUCUGCCAAAACAGUACAGAAUCUGGGGUGGGGGUCCCUGCCCGGACAGGUCCAAUGAGUUGGUGGAAUCCUCAGUUGAAUUCCCCCCCCGGGAAGGGGCCAUUGUACCCUCGGGCUACUUCUUACAGAAAAAAAAAAAAAAAAAGAAUUAAACUCAACAGGGACGUUUUUUCUUUCCUGGAUUUGUAUAUUUUUUUGGUUUUGGUUUUGUUUUUCCACUUUUCUUCUUUGUCAUCUUCUCAGUUCUGUUCAGUUGCUUUGAGUUUUUGGAGGGGAAGGCUGGGUUAGGGAAUGGAAGUCUAAUCCCUAUUCCUUUCCCCGGAAUCUUAGGAUAUGGAGUAGCCAGUGCAUUAGAUUUCAGGUGCUGAACUCUCCUCUCUGUGUGGUAAUUGAGGACCUGCUGGAGCUUAGGAAAAGGGUCUUGGAAGGAAUCAGGUGGAGAGUCUCACAAGCCCAUUAAAGUACUUUUUAAAUGCCAAAAAGUAAUUAAAAAUAGUCAACUCUGAGAGACCUCAAAAUACCUGGACUUUCAAGAGUUAAUCAGUCUUUUCUUUCUCUCUCUUUUUUGUUUCUUUCACUAUUAUUGGGUUUAAUUUACUCUUUUGUGAGUAUGGGCUCUGAACAAAGACAAGGGAGAUAAUGCACAAAUUAUCCUGGCUCUUGUUUAAGGAGCAGAGAGGGUAAUUAUAAUUUUCCCAGACCAUGGCCUUGACCUCUUUUUGGAGUGUACUGUUCAUAGAGGAGGAAGGUCAAGGUCACCCUGUUGGUAUGGUGAAUACCUUGUCAAUCGCAUCUCUUUUUAACCAAAUUCAGUGGCUGCCUGUGACCAGACCCCCAAGGCUAUCAUGGAUUGAGUGGUUUCUUGCUAUUUAAAUGGGCGAUCUCGUGUGUGUGUGUGUGUGUGUGUGUGUGUGUGUGUUUUCACUAAAUGGAAAGACCUUAACUAAUCAAGAAUUUGCUGGGUUCCUGAGAGAGAGGUGGAUUCUCAAGCCUGGGAACCAGGAACUCUUGAGUCCUAACCUCAGCUCGGGCAGUAGCCUCCCCUUUGUAUGACUUCCAUCCUCAACAUAGGAGUUACUGAUGCUCUCCAGGCCAUCAGAUGACUGCUAGUUACUGCUCCACUUGCCAGAAGUUUGCAAGGGCCAGAGCAUGUAUCUAAAGGGAGGGGCGAGCUCGCAGCAGCUGCCUGACCUUUGCUUAGCUUCACCAGUUGAGAGUUUCCUGCAGAGAGUUUUCAUUUUCCGAUGGAAAACAAAUUCUAUGCAAUUUCUGAUUGUAAACUUAGAAAAUUCAGAGGGAGAGAGAAACUCAUAGCCAGCCUCCUCCACCUCCACCUUUACCAACGUUGCCACCACCUUGAAUUGAAUUGUCUUCACAUUGUUUCUGUUUGAAUGUACUACAAUAAAGACAUCUUUGGCAGAUGCUGGGCUUAAUUCCUGUUUUUUCUGGUUGGGGAGGUCAGCAUCCUCUUUGUACCAGGACAGUUAGUUAGAGCUGCCAUCCUGGGGACCAAAUGGUACCCUGAUUAUUCAGAUGAAGGAUGCCAGCUUUGUCCUAAGCUGACCUCUUCUCUCUCAUGACUUUGAAUCCUUUUGCUUUUUUUCUCUCGAAACCAUCAGAUGACAGUCAGCUGUGCAAGACACUUGUGUAUUUUUUUAACCUUGCCUCAAGCCUCGGGGAGAAACGUGGAUUAGCUGGGAGGGGCACCCGAAGGCCAAGUGACUGCAGACCCCAAUGGUGCCACUCUGUUCCGACCCGCAGCUCCAUCUCAUGCUUCUGACAAUGUGGUUCCUACUGUCAGAUCACAUUUGGGGCGGGAAGGGUUGUUUUUUUAAAAAAAAAAACUUGUUUUUAUGAGCAGGAUAUCUUGAUCAAUAGCAAACUUUUUUUAAUGGAUUAGUGACAUCAGUGUCCCCAUGCAUCAUUUAUAAAGUCUGUUCCUUACACAGUGUGGAAUGAAGAUAAGACGGACAGCACUAGACAGUUUCUAUUAGCUGCUGAGACCAUCGCCGCCGCACCUCACUCAAGCUGGUGAGUGAAACUGCAACCAGCUAAUCCCCUUCCUUGGUUUGUCUCCCCUUUUUAUCUGUUGGUCGUUGGCUUUCUUUUCCAUUCUGUAUUUUCUAUCUGACUCUGUACACUGUAUAAAAGCAGUUUUUUCUUGUCUGUUGAUCUUUCUUCGACUGGAAUUUACAAUAAAACAGAAACAAACCCUGAAA